GCACUUUGCUGAGUGGCAACGAGAUGAGCACGAGCAAGGAUGUCGGCGCCGCCGCGACGGCUGCAUCGUCGAAGGGAAAGCUGUCAGGUCUGUUCCAGAAGAAUGCAGCAGACAAAAAGCCAGAAGUGACUUCUACGUUUCAAUUUGGAUUCCAAGCAGAGACGCCAGUAGCUGCCCCAGGCGAGAAUAACACAGUCGAACCGUCCAAAUCUAAAAAGAGCAAGAAGAAGAAGACAAAGGCCGGACAGGGAGCCGCCGCCACUCCCGCGAUCGCCGAAGGGGUCGUCACACAUGCACCCCCUGGUUCAUCGUCUCCCGCGGCGAUCGAGGCGCGAGUGCACGCGGACCAACACGUGGCAGUCGCCGCCGUCACGGACGCCGUCGCGAGCGUAUCCAUCGACGAAAGCAACGCCAAGAAGAAAAAGAAGAAGAAGAAGAAAAGCAAGGCCAAGUCCAAAUCGGCCGUUUCCGACGCGCCAACCGAGUUUGAGUUUCUGUUUACGUUUGACAAGCCUGGGUUCUCCGAGUCUGAAUUAGCUGCCAUGGCUCUUGCAUCGGGCAAGAAAUCCAAGCCAAACAAAAGCCAAGCCAAGAAAAAGCAGGUUUCUACAUCCAAGGAACAGCCCUCACCGGUGGAAGUGUCGCCGCCAUCGACCAACUCGACGUAUGUGACGCUUCGCAAGGCGCCUGACAACAGCUCGGAGGUUCAAAAGAUGCAAUUGAGGUAUGGCAAAGGCAAGCGGAUACAUGCAGCCAAGAAGAAGCCGAGUGCUCCCGUGGUCAAAGCCGACAAGUUAGCUGGUCCCCCUGCCGCCCCAGCAGCAUUUAAAUUCAACUUUUAAUAAAAUACAACAAGUUGGAUGAUCUCAACAA